AUGUCUGAAGAACGUGCCUUCUGUAAUCAGAAUGCUAUGGAAUCAUGGUUACAUGACAUGUCCGAAGAAUGUGCCAUCUGUAAUCAGAAUGCUAUGAAAUCAUGGUUACAGGACAUGUCCAAGGAAUGUGCCUUCUGUAAUCAGAAUGCUAUGGAAUCAUGGUUACAGGACAUGUCUGAAGAAUGUGCCAUCUGUAAUCAGAAUGCUAUGAAAUCAUGGUUACAGGACAUGUCCGAAAAACGUGCCUUCUGUAAUCAGAAUGCUAUGGAAUCAUGGUUACAGGACAUGUCUGAAGAAUGUUCCAUCUGUAAUCAGAAUGCUAUGGAAUCAUGGUUACAGGACAUGUCUGAAGAAUGUGCCAUCUGUAAUCAGAAUGCUAUGGAAUCAUGGUUACAGGACAUGUCUGAAGAAUGUGCCAUCUGUAAUCAGAAUGCUAUGGAAUCAUGGUUACAGGACAUGUCCAAGGAAUGUGCCAUCUGUAAUCAGAAUGCUAUGAAAUCCUGGUUACAGGACGUCUGA